GGGAAGAUAAGACAGCAGCUAUGGCUCCCCCCCCAGCCACUCGCGGAGGGCGGUGUAGCGGGCGCCGGGACCGCGGCUCCGCCAGGAGGGUGAAGUGAGGGCGCCAAGAGGCUCCACACAGAUGAGUAGCGAGUUUGGUACAGAAGAAGUACAGAUCCCAGUUUUCCAGCUGUUCAGCUUACACAGAAAAGAACCCUUGAGAUCAGUGCUGGGAGAAAGAAGAAAAGUAGUGAAGGAAUUGAUGUGUGAUGCUGGACAGGUUUGAGCCAAGGAGCUGCAGUGCAGAAGUGCUGGUGAAAAAGAGACUUCUUGGCAGUAGAAACUGCCUGUUGAAGACUGGACAGAUAAAGCACAGGAGCCACUAACAAGCACUCCCUGACAUCCUUCGCUAUUCAUCCAGAAGGAGCCUGCAUGACAGAGGAAUGGCAGAGCAUCAGCUGUGCAGCAGCAAUGAGAGAGACUGACACUCAUUCGAGUCUCUCCUGGCUCCUUCUCCACAAUGGCUGGUGCCUCUGCAUAUUCAUUGGAUGGUAAUGCAGGAUGUCAAGAGCAGCAGCAAUAGAGUUUGGCUUGAUCCCAUUGUGUUUUUCUUCGGCUGGUUGAGGCUUCAAAUCACCAUGACAACGCAGUGACACUUCCAGCAAAGGCUGCCCGCAGACCAAGGGUGGGCCGCAGGUGGGUGAGGAGGUCAGCGAUUGAGUCUACUGGGAUCAAAAGUUGCACCUGCAGCAACACAACUGUAGAAAGCCAUUGGCACGCGAAGAAGAUGAAAUUCCCCUUCUAUUGGCUUCUCGUUAAGCAGGCACAAUAACUUCUUUUUUCGAGAGACUUACUCGAAAAGCUCCUACGGUUAUGGCUACUGAUCCAACGUGAUUGGGCACACAGCGACUUUGGAACUCAUGACUGGAUAUACCAUGUUGCGGAAUGGGGGAGUGGGGAACGGAGGCCAGCCCUGGGUGUUGAGAUGGUCCAGUCGGAUUCGGCUCACCUGGCUUAGUUUCACCCUCUUCAUUAUCCUCGUCUUCUUUCCCCUCAUUGCCCACUACUACUUAACCACCAUCGACGACGCAGACGAUGCCGGCAAGCGCAUCUUCGGCCCUCGGACCGGCAGUGAGCUGUGCGAGGUGAAGCAUGUGCAAGACCUGUGCCGCAUCCGGGAGUCGGUCAGCGAGGAGCUGCUCCAGCUGGAGGCCAAGCGGCAGGAGCUCAACAGUGAGAUUGCCAAGCUCAACUUGAAGAUUGAGGCCUGCAAAAAGAGCAUUGAAAAUGCCAAGCAGGACCUCCUGCAGCUGAAGAAUGUCAUCAGCCAGACUGAGCAUUCCUACAAAGAGCUGAUGGCUCAGAAUCAGCCCAAGCUCUCUUUGCCCAUCCGGCUGCUGCCAGACAAAGACGAUGUGACCUUCCCGCUGCCAAAAUCCAUCCGGAACUGCAGGCUACACAACUGCUUUGACUACUCUCGCUGCCCGUUGACAUCUGGCUUUCCAGUCUAUGUCUACAACAGUGACGAUUAUCCUUUUGGUAGUUCCUUAGACCCUUUAAUUAAACAAGCCUUCGAGGCGACUGUCAGAACUAAUGUUUAUGUUACUGAAAAUGCAAAUAUUGCUUGUGUGUAUAUAAUUCUAGUGGGAGAGAUGCAAGAGCCCGUGAUGCCAAAACCUACUGAACUAGAGCAACAGUUGCACUCUUUGCCAUAUUGGAGGACUGAUGGACAUAACCAUCUCAUCAUCAAUUUAUCAAGGAAAUCAGAAACUCAGAACUUCAUUUACAACAUCAGCACAGGGCGCGCCAUGAUUGCCCAGUCCACCUUUUACGAUGCACAGUACCGACCAGGGUUUGAUAUUGUAGUGUCACCUCUGGUCCACGCUAUGUCUGAACCCAAUUUCCUAGAAAUCCCACCCCAGGUGCCAGUCAAGCGUAAAUAUCUCUUCAGUUUCCAGGGAGAGAAGAUCGAGUCUCUCAGAUCUAGCUUGCAGGAGGUUCGCUCUUUCGAAGAGGAAAUAGAAGGCAACGCCCCAGCUGACUACGAUGAUCGCAUCAUUACCACCUUGAAGGCUGUUCAGGACAGCAAGUUGGACUUUGUUUUGGUGGAGUUCACAUGUAAGAACCAGCCUAAGGCAAGUCUGCCCACUGAGUGGGCUCUGUGUGGAGAAAGGGACGACAGACUAGAGCUACUGAAGCUAUCUACUUUUGCACUGAUAAUCACCCCAGGGGACACCCAUUUGGUGAUCUCUGCUGGGUGUGCCAUGAGACUGUUUGAGGCUCUGGAAGUUGGAGCCAUCCCAGUGGUUCUCGGAGAGCAAGUUCAGCUACCCUAUAAUGAUGUGAUCCGGUGGAACGAGGCAGCCUUAAUCAUACCAAAGCCACGUAUCACAGAAGUGCACUUUCUUCUGAGAAGCAUUUCUGACAACGAUCUCCUUGCCAUGAGGAGGCAGGGCCGCUUCUUGUGGGAGACCUACUUCUCCACCUCUGACAACGUGUUCAGCACAGUGUUAGCUAUCAUAAGGACUCGAAUCCAAAUCCCGGCUGCUCCCAUCCGAGAAGAAACUGCUGUGGAGAUUCCCCACCGGUCUGGUAAAGCUGCUGGUACAGACCCCAAUAUGGCAGACAAUGGUGACCUGGACUUGGGGCCUGUGGAAACAGAACCACCCUAUGCGUCUCCCAAAUAUCUCCGCAAUUUCACCCUCACUGCAAUGGACAUCUACAGGAAUUGGAAUUCUGCUCCGGGGCCUUUCCACCUCUUCCCCUACACUCCCUUUGACCCUGUUUUGCCAUCAGAGGCAAAAUUCCUGGGGUCUGGGACUGGCUUUCGACCAAUUGGUGGAGGAGCAGGUGGCUCUGGGAAGGAAUUCCAGGCUGCUUUGGGUGGCAACGUCCCCCGGGAGCAGUUCACAGUAGUGAUGUUGACUUAUGAGCGGGAGGAAGUGUUGAUGAACUCCCUAGAAAGGCUCAAUGGUCUGCCAUACUUAAAUAAAGUUGUGGUAGUGUGGAACUCUCCCAAGCUUCCCUCUGAGGAUCUCUUGUGGCCAGACAUUGGCGUCCCAAUCAUGGUGGUGCGCACAGAGAAGAACAGCCUGAACAACCGGUUCCUGCCGUGGGACGAGAUCGAGACGGAGGCCAUCCUCUCCAUCGACGACGACGCUCACCUGCGCCACGACGAGAUCAUGUUCGGCUUCCGUGUCUGGAGAGAGGCAAGGGACCGCAUUGUUGGCUUCCCAGGACGCUACCAUGCAUGGGACAUCCCUCAUCAGUCCUGGCUUUACAACUCCAACUACUCUUGUGAGCUCUCUAUGGUGCUCACUGGUGCUGCUUUCUUCCAUAAGUACUACGCCUACCUGUACUCCUACGUGAUGCCCCAAGCCAUCCGCGACAUGGUGGAUGAGUACAUCAACUGCGAGGACAUCGCCAUGAACUUCCUGGUCUCUCACCUGACCAGAAAACCUCCUAUCAAGGUGACCUCCCGCUGGACCUUCCGCUGCCCCGGCUGCCCGCAGGCGCUCUCACACGACGACUCUCACUUCCACGAGCGGCACAAGUGCAUCAACUUCUUUGUCAAGGUGUAUGGCUACAUGCCCCUCCUGUACACCCAGUUCCGCGUGGACUCGGUCCUCUUCAAGACCCGCCUGCCCCACGACAAGACAAAGUGCUUCAAGUUCAUCUAGAAGCAGGAGGCAGCUGGACGCCCUUGGCUCGCUGAACUCCGCCGGGAGGCGGCGGCGGGGGGCAGGGCUGCGAGAGCAAAACGCCUUUGGCUACGGACUACGGCCGCCCCCGCGCCGAGCACAAGGCGUGUCCCGGACUGGGACGGGCACAGUCGCCCUCCCUUCCCCUCCUCCCGCAGGGACUCCACCGAGUGACAGGGAAACCAGAUCCCACGGCUCCUGUAAAGACACUUCCUAGGAUGACAGAGUGAGGAAUGGCACCCUGGCUACUGACUUCCCUGAAGCUAGCCAGGGGCAACCCUUCUUUUUAAUUAUAAUUAUUGUUAUUUAAAAUGAAAGUGGUUUAGAUUUGCCACCCCAGGCUUGCUGGGGGGUUCAUUUCUUUUCUUUUCUUUCCCUCCCCAACCCACCCUCUUUUCCCCUCUGGACCUGUCUGCCCACUCAAGGGGGACCAUAGCAAAGCCAGGUUGGAGGUGUUUGACUGCAGAGAGAUUAUUGCCAGCAUCAAGGCAGCUCUGUCACCACUGUUGCUCCAUCCUUUCUCUUGCAGGGCAGCCCAUCUCCUCCCCUCCCACACACCACAUCAUGACUCGUCUUGCCCUGUGGCUACUGCUGAGGACUCUCAGGUGUCAGCUGGUGAUGAGAUUUUUUUUGCCCUGCUCACCAUUCUGAGCCCUGCCCUUGGAGAGAGGUGGGCAGGGAAGAGUUUAGCACCAGAGGGUCCUUCCCUGGCUCCCAGCACCAUGCCAGGUUCUGUGCUGCAGCCCAGGGGGAAUUUGAUUGCUGUGGUCGCAUUCUCAGUGUCCUUUUCCAACCCAUGCAGCACAUCACAGGCACUGCUAAACCUCCAGAGACAGAGAGCAUGUUUGGGGCUUAGGAAUGAUCCAUCUGCCUCACAGCAGGGGCUGGCAAUGCCCCAGGCUCGUGCAUUUGAGCAAGCUGCCUUGGCCUGCGGUUUUCUACAGCCACCACAGCAUGAAAGGCAGCUGCAGGGAUUCUCUGAGUCUGGCCUGGUCUUUUCACAAGCAUUUUGGGACUCUUCCUCCUGCCCUUCAGGGCCUCAUUCACUGUCUCUGGAGAGCUGCUCCAGCAGCACCCUGAGAUCAGCUGUGUGAGCUUUUGCUGUUAGAAGAAACCUCUUUUCCAAAUGCAUCUCAGCAUGGACACAGUCUGCCAAACUCUGCAUGGUGUCUGGUGCCUGCAGGGCUUGCAGGCAGUGGUUCAGCUCUCAGUGCCAGCAUGAAGGGAUUUAAGGUAUUGAGGCCUUCUCUUGAGAUUGCUUUGCAUUUUGCAGAAAGGUGAAAGGACUCUCAUCCUUACUCUGCAUGCAGCCAAGCAGAGCUGAAGUGAGGCACCAGCCCAGCCUGUGUGUGCCAGGGCCUUGGCUGCACUGUGGCCUGGAGUCCUUGCUCUGCCUCAUCUUUGUCCCCAUCCCAGAGUGAAAUGUGCCCAGGCUGGGCGUGCCCGUGGGCCUCAGCAUAACUGCCUUAACCCCCCAUCAUGUCCACACUCAUGCCCUGGCUUUGGGCUGCAUUUGAAGGUUCAACCACCAAGAGCUUUUUCUUGUGAAUGUGGAGAUGUUUCUAGGAUCCAUUUCACAGGGCUGCUUUUGGAGCUGGUUUCUUGCCCCUCAAAGCAAAAUAUGGUCAUGUCCAUGUGACCAUCCAACCUCCAUGCUUGACUCACUCUAAUGCUGCAGUCCCAGCCUGUCACAGGAGAGAAGGACACAGGUAGCCUGUUCUUGUGUGACAUUCUUUCUCAAUGUAUCCCAGAUGUUUAAGGGCAGCCUGGAGAAGCUCUUGCUGGGUAGACAGAAAGAUGAGACUUGUGUGAUUCACCUCAGUGUCCCUGGUAUUGUGGCCUGACCACUGCAGCAGCUUGCAGCUCAGCAUCCCAGCAAGCUGUAGCAGAAGGAUGUUACCAUAUGGUUGUGUCUCUGCUGUGUCCCAAAAGAGGAGCAGGGAUGGUCAGCAGCUUCUGGGCUUGUUUAUAAAGUUAGCCUUGUUUGCCCUCCUCUCUUGCA